CCUGCAGACGGCCGAGAUGGUGAAACCCUCCACGCCCUCCCCCAGCCACGAGUCCACCGGCUCCUCGGGCGCCGACGAGGGCACAGAGUAUUAUCCCCACGUCGUUUUCCUGCAGAACAAGGCCAAGCGGGAGAAUUUCUGUCCCCGGAACCUGAAGCAGAUGCACAUGGUUAUCGAUAAAAUCAUGAUGCACUCGCACCUGAAAUACAAGGGCACGCUCUCCAUGCUGGAGUGUAACAUCUUCCCUGGCCUGCCCUACGACUACCUGGACACGGAGGUGAAUCUCUUCCUGCUGCCAUUCGCAGACAGUGACGCCGACGACACUUUCCCCAGAGCAGCUCCUGGGGGUGGCCCCCUCUUCUCCCUGCUGCCUGGGUACAAGGGGCACCCCAGCUUCCAGUCGCUCAUGGCCAAGCUACGCAGCCAGAUCAUGUCUAUGGCGCGGCCCCAGCUCUCCCACACCAUCCUGACGGAGAAGAACUGGUUCCACUACGCGGCCCGGAUCUGGGACGGGGUGAAGAAAUCCUCGGCGCUCUCGGAGUACAGCCGCCUGCUGGCCUGAGCGACUGCCGCCUACAGAGCCGCCGCGCUGGGGGGCCGCACCGGGGCCCCCACCCUCUGCCUCCUGGGGCACAAGGGGCCUGCUGGGCAGCCCGGGAGGUGCUGUUUGGUCGCUGGCUCCAGGCGGGGUGCGGGAGAGCCCGGGCAGGAUGCCCCUCCUGGGCCACCAUCCCACUCCCAGAGGGCACCUGGGGCAGAGCCGCCCUGACCACC